GUGCACCCAGGGGGCCUCAGGACAGAGUUUGGGAAGCCCUGAAUCAGGCCAUACCUUUUUAAAGUUUCUUUCUGACUAUUUGGAACCCUGACAUGUCUGGUCCUACCUGGCCGCAUCCGAAGACUCCGGGUAGCCCGGAGAGACUCGUCCCCCAGAUGUCCGACUCUGGAUCAGCCGUGUACAGACAGCCGCCCAAGAAGGUCUCCCCGGACGCCCGGCCCAAGUAUGUGGUCCACGACCAGAACAGAGGAGGAGGCGGAAUGGCCACUAGGUACUUGGCUACAAGAUCCACAGCUGGGCCCAUGCAGCACCACCACCAAGAGGACCCAGGGUUUCACUCUAAAUAUAUUGACCACUACUACCAACCACCUCCCCAAGGGCUCAAAGAAGACCAAUCAUUGAACCCUCAAAUGGACCGCUACCAGCUGAUGCACCGGGGACCUCCUAAGAAGUUGAUUGGACACCACUCCAGCAGUGAUGCAGAGAUUGACUCGCUCACAUGCAUGCUGGCCGAUCUGGACAGCAAUCCACAAAACAGAGCACAGAACCCUGACAUGUCUGGUCCUACCUGGCCGCAUCUGAAGACUCCGGGUAGCCCGGAGAGACCCGUCCCUCAGAUGUCCGACUCUGGACCAGCCGUGUACAGACAGCCGCCCAAGAAGGUCUCCUCGGACACCCGGCCCAAGUAUGUGGUCCAUGACCAGAACAGAGGAGGAGGAAUGGCCACUAGGAACUUGGCUACAAGAUCCACAGCUGGGCCCAUGCAGCACCACCACCAAGAGGACCCAGGGUUUCACUCUAAAUCUAUUGACCACUACUACCAACCACCUCCCCAAGAGCUUGAAGAAGACCAAUCAUUGAACCCUCACAUGGACCGCUACCAGCUGAUGCACCCGGGACCUCCUAAGAAGCUGAUUGGACACCACUCCAACAGUGAUGCAGAGAUUGACUCGCUCACAUGCAUGCUGGCCGAUCUGGACAGCCAUCCACAAAACAGUGCACAGCUUUAUGACAACGACCACAUCUCAGGGGAUCGCUACAAAGCCUCAGCCCAGCCAGGAGCAUCCGCUCAGGGCAGGCCAUCCAUGGGUUUCCCCUCUCACCCCCAACCCCAGUACCGUCGUACACCCCCAUACCCCAGUGAUCCCCACCAGAGUCUCCAGUACUUCCCCCAGCCACACGACACCGAUGCCCAGGUCUCCAAACGGUACCCCCAGCCUGUCCCCGCCUCCUACACUACCGCCCUUACUGGCCCGAGGUUCAGUGUCCAGGUCAAAACAGCCCAGCCUGUCACCGCCUCCCAGACUGGUAGGCAAGCCGAGCAUGCUUACACCCCUCCCUCACCCCGCCAGCACGCGUUGCGGUCCCCACCCAAGAAUCAGACUGGCCCCCAGGGCUGGUACCCUCCCCACCCUGCAUCCCAAGUCCAGGAGCUGCACUCUGAGAGGGGUUACAAGGAGAGUGUCGCGGGGUCUGGAGGGAGAGUCAUCCAGUGGCCUAUGUCCAAUAGAGGCCCAGAGAUUCAUCAAUCGGGGUCAGGCUCUGCACCAAGCUCCGCCUAUCAGCCCAGUAAGCAGGGGACAGCAGCUCUGAGACCAGAGGAGGAGUUGGUCCAGCUCACUAAGAAGUUUGUCUAUGACAUGAAUCAUCCCCUUACAGAGGAAGACUUUGGUCGCUGUGCACGUUGCGGCAACAACGUCCUUGGCGACGGUAGCGGCUGUAUCGCCAUGGAGCAGGUGUUCCACCUGGAGUGUAUAACUUGCAUCACCUGCCACACUCGUCUCCAGGGGAAAACGUUCUACGCCCUGGACAAGCAGAGCUACUGCGAGAGCUGUUAUAUUAGUAUCCUAGAGCGCUGCUUUAUGUGCUCCAAGCCCAUCCUGGACCGUGUCCUGCGUUCCAUGGGCAAGGCCUACCAUGCGCGCUGCUUCAACUGCGUGGCGUGUGGCUGCUCCCUGGAUGGUGUGCCCUUCACAGUGGACGCCACCUCCCAGAUCCACUGCAUGGCAGACUUCUACAGGAAGUUUUCCCCUCGCUGCUCAGUGUGUCGCCAUGUCAUCGUGCCUGAGCUUGGCCAGAAUGCGGCGGUCAGUAUAGUGGCGCUGGGCCGCAGCUUCCACGUCAACUGCUAUGGAUGUGAGGAGUGUGGUCUGCUCCUGUCCUCUGAGGGUGAGGAGCGAGUCUGUUACCUCCUGGAUGGUCACAUCCUAUGUCAGGGCUGCAGCGCCCGGCACAUCCAGAUCCCCUCACCCAAAAAUCUCCACUGACUGAUAACCAAAUAGGAAGUCAUCUCUGACUUUUUAAUCAAUGACUCUUCCAUUACUUUAAUCUGCACUGCGUUAGAAGUUGCCCUAAGUAAUAGAUUUUAAAUCAGUUAUACUCCUCUUAUUCAUAACCUUAACCACAAGGGGGAAAUGUUAAUCUGACUUGAGAUCAGUGUCGAAGGGCAACUUCAUCCCCCUUCACUUUUAUCCUCUCAUAGCCUUUCUUUAUACUUCAGAUGCCCAAAGCUGUGUAAUCAGUAGUAGUUGGCCUACUAUUGAACCUCAAUCUGACAGUCUUCAAUAUGAAAUCAUUUACUUUCCCUUGACCAAUUUUAUUUGUACAGGGUAUUGAAACAUGGAUUGACAAAUAGUUUGACCACUAUCCCCUCCCGUAUCCUCUGCUUUACACUAUCA